AUGAAUCUUGCAAAUGACGGUGCAACGUUCAGUGCCAUUUAUGACUGGGACUAUGUUCUGUGGGAAGUUCGUUUGACAUUACUAGCAGCUGGUUUUUUCAGCUACCUGGGAGUAUUUUUUCUCGCUCACUGGCUGUCCUCAUGGAUCAGUGCCAGUUAUCGCACUUUGUCAGCAAAGCAGAAGAUCUUCUGGAAUAUGGAUAUCACACGUGGCCUGUUUGCAGUUCAGAGUUGUGGAGCUGGGUUGUGGGCCUUGCUUAUAGAUCCAGUUUUUCAAACUGACCAAGUGUAUGCACAGCAAAAGUGGAGUUGGUUUCAUUGCUUAAUAGCCGCUGGCUACUUCUUGCUUGAAAAUGUAGUUAUUCAUGUGUCUAACAUUGUUUUCAAGAUAUUUGAUGUGUUCGAGGUAGUUCAUCAUUUAUUUGCCUUUGGUGGGCUUCUUGGUCUGAUAAUUAACAUAAAGUCUGGACACUAUCUACCCCUGAUGGGACUGCUACUUGAGAUGAACAAUCCUUCAUACUGCAUAUCCUCUAUGCUUGCAAGGAUUGGCUGUGCUAAUACCCUUUUUUGGAAGGCAAUCCAAUGGGUAAAUAUCCAUAUGCUUCACUGCCGCAUGGUCCUUAUUUAUCACAUGUGGUGGGUAUGUAUUUCCCAUUGGAAUGAUGUGAUGGAAAAUCUGGGACUUCCAUAUUUUAUUGUUUUUUUCAUGGGGUUAAGUACACUUACAUUAAUACUUAAUCCAUACUGGAUAUUCAAAUCGACUCAGCGGCUUUUUAGUCCAGUUGACAGGAAAUUUCCAAAUACAGCAGUAAAAAAUGCAUCCUGUGAAAAUUUAAAUAGUGAAACAUUCCAAAAGAAGAGGAUAUAG